AUGGGCUUAGGACAUGAAGAAGGAUUUGGAGCCCUAUGUUUAAAAUGUAAAGAUAAAUGUGAAGGAUUUGAACUACAUUUCUGGAGAAAAAUAUGUCGAAAUUGCAAGUGUGGCCAAGAGGAACAUGAUAUUCCCACCAGUAAUGAAGAUGACCGCAAAGUGGGGAAACUUUUUGAGGAUACAAAGUAUACAACUCUAAUUGCAAAGCUGAAAACCGAUGGUAUCCCCAUGUAUAAGCGUAAUGUAAUGAUCCUGACUAAUCCUGUAACAGCCAAGAAGAAUGUGUCCAUCAAUACAGUAACUUACGAAUGGGCACCUCCUGUUCAGAAUCAAACCUUGGCGAGGCACUAUAUGCAGAUGCUUCCAAAGGAGAAACAGCCCGUGGCUGGCUCGGAAGGGGCUCAGUACCGCAAGAAACAGUUGGCCAAACAGCUGCCUGCUCAUGAUCAGGACCCUUCCAAGUGCCACGAGCUGACACCUAAUGAGGUGAAGCAGAUGGAGCAGUUUGUGAAGAAAUACAAGACUGAAGCACUGGGUGUGGGUGAUGUCAAACUUCCCAGUGAACUGGAAGGGAAAGCCGGGGAGAAGGAUAUCCUGAGUAAUGGCGAGAAAGGAACCCCCACUACUGUUGGAGCCAUGGAAGACAAACCGGCGGGUCAGAAAGGACCUCAAUAUUUCUGUUUCCGGUGCAAUCAAAAUAUGAAAGAAGGUGACCCAGCUGUGUAUGCUGAGCGGGCUGGAUAUGACAAACUCUGGCAUCCAGCUUGCUUUGUCUGCUGCACCUGCAGUGAACUCCUGGUAGAUAUGAUCUAUUUCUGGAAAAAUGGAAAACUCUAUUGUGGCCGACACUACUGUGACAGUGAAAAACCUCGCUGUGCUGGAUGUGAUGAGCUUAUUUUCAACAAUGAGUACACACAAGCUGAAGGUCAAAACUGGCAUCUGAAGCAUUUCUGCUGCUUUGAUUGCGACUGUGUCUUGGCUGGAGAAAUCUACGUCAUGGUUAAUGAAAAGCCCAUCUGCAAACCCUGUUAUGUGAAGAAGCAUGCUGUGGUCUGCCAAGGCUGCCACAAUGCUAUUGACCCUGAAGUUCAACGUGUGAGUUACAACAACUUCAACUGGCAUGCUACCACAGAGUGCUUUCUGUGCUCUUGUUGCAGCAAGUGUCUGAUUGGCCAGAAAUUCAUGCCGGUAGAAGGAAUGGUUUUCUGCUCAGUGGAGUGCAAGAAAAAGAUGAUGUCCUAAUGGGAAGGAAACCAAACUGGGAACCAAUAUUUGCCUUAUUUCAGUGUCCUCUUCAUGUCUACUGUAUUGGGGGAUUUUAAACAAAAUCAAGUAUUAAAUGGCAGAAUCCAAAGAUUUUUAUAUUACUAACUUGAUUGAUUAUGAUUUAAAUUCUUAGGCACUUCUCAGUGCUACUGGUUUCUUGUUGCAGGAUGUUCCUCAAGAUAGGGACUUCAAUGUAUUCAUACACUUCAAAAAUGUCCUAUGGAGGGAUAUGGUACCUCAGACCAUUAAAUUGGACUGCAUUUUCCUUUAUGAGUAGUUGUUGAACAUGAGAGCGAAUCCUGAUGAGAGUUGUGAUAAGAUAUUGUAAAAUCCCACAACAUCUGGAAGACCAUUGGCUUUGUACUCUUGUCUUAUAAUCCUCAGGUUUUUCUUCUAUAUUUGACAUUAUACAGAUACUUCAGUAACAAAAUAUUGACUGGGUAUGUUGUAAACCUUAUGCCUUAUACUGACAUUUCCCAACCUUGCAUUCAAAAGUGCUUUGUUAAAAUUCCCACACUUGCUAAUUAAUAAAAUAUACCAAUAG